AUGGCGGAUGAUAAAUCGAGUGGAGGCAAUGCGAUUGUACCCGUAAGUGGCCAAGGUAGCAGUAGCAUAUCGUUGCAAUGUCCGAAGUUAACGGACACAAAUUACACUUCGUGGGCGAUUUUGGUCGAAACAAUCCUACGGGCGAACGGUCUUUGGGAGGCGAUAGAUCCGGUCACUGGAGCUACUGUGGAAGACAAGAAAAAUUACACAACUAAAGCCAUAAUUUUUCAGUCUUUACCGGAGGAUGUUUUGCUUCUGGUCGCAAAACACAAGUAUGCAAAGGACGUGUGGGAUUCAAUCAAGGUUCGUUAUCUAGGGGCUGAUAGAGUUCAGAAAGCUCGGCUAUCAAUUUUAAGAAGCGAUUUGGAAAAGCUGAAAAUGAAGGAGAGUGAGACACUAGACGAGUAUGCGGGAAAGAUAAGCGGGAUUGAAGCGAAGUUCAAGAACUUAGGAUCAACUCUUGAAGACGCAACUAUGGUAAGAAAGUUGUUAAAUUCUGUUCCUAAGAAAUAUAUGCAGAUCGUGGCGUCUAUUGAGCAGUACUCGGAUGUCGAUACGAUGCCGUUUGAAGAGGCGGUCGGUCGAUUGAAGACGUAUGAAGAAAGGCUUAAAUCCCAUGAUGACGAAGAUGAUCAAGGCCAUUUAUUGCUUACAAAGGAAGAUUGGGAGGAAAGAAGUAGACGGGGUGAUUUUGAUCAACCCGGACAAGGACGUGGUCGUGGUCAAGGUAGAGGUCGCGGCUAUGGUAGAGGUCGAGGUGGUCGGUUCCAAAGCAAUGAAGAUCGAAAGGAUCAAGGUUGGUAUAGAGACAAGCGAAACAUCAAAUGCUAUAAUUGUCAAGAAUACGGACAUUAUGCGAGCGAGUGCCCUAAGAAGGAAACAAAAGAAGAAGAGGUGAAUUUGAUUCGAGACGAAGAUGAACCGACACUACUCUGA